UAUUCGGCUAGUUAACCUUGAACGAACUACCUUCGCUAAAAACAUUGACGAUCCGGUCUACAUGUUCCUAUUAACAUUACAAUAAGAAUAACAGAUUAGAAAUAAUAUGGAGGGCGAAGGAAUACCUUACGACGACCCACGCUUCGUGGAAAUUCUGGAAGCCUGCUUGCGCGUGGAAAUUGGCACUUACACGGAAUCAUACGACAAAGCUGAGACUGAAAUGAAGAAGAUAAAAAGAAACGUUCUAAUGAAGCUCGAGAAGAGAAAGGAGCUUAAGAUAAAGAUAAAAGAUGCCGAAGACGUAAUAUUGAUGUUGAAUCUUGCUUUUCAAAGAUUGCGAGAAGAAUCGAGAGAAACGAAGCAAAGGAUCACUUUAAUCGAAGCGAAUAUCGACCAUCGUUCUAAAUUAAUAUUCCUAGAGAUUAAACGAUACAAAAACAUUCUAGGAGAAUAUCAGAAAACUUGGCAAGCUUAUCGCGCCGAAUACGAACAAUUUCCUUUGGCUAAAAAACGUAACGAAGCAAAAGUCAAUUUGAAGAAGAUUACCAUCGAGAAAAUGAUUAUGGAAUUUAAAAUAAAAGAUUUGGAGAAGAAAAUCCAAAUGGAAAAGAAGAUCGAUGAAAUUAAGAUGAGAUUAAAAAUAAUAGAAUUUGUUAAAGCGAUGACAAAUAAUGAAAAAUUGAAGCGAACAUUAGUCAAGUUGAAGAAGGAAAUCGAGUGUUUGAAGAAGCAACAACAUUCGAACGAAUUGGAGUUGAAAUCUUUGGAACGACAAGAAGAGGAAGCUAAGAAAGAACGAGCGAUGAAAUUAUUGGAGAUGCCCCCGCCGAAAAUCAAUUUGUCACGAUUACGGUUAAAUUAUUCGCGCAAUUGGCAAGACUGGGAGUUUAAAAAACAAUCGUCGCAGAUCGAUGCUGAUUCGAUGUCGGUUAAUACGAUCGCUUUGGAGGAGAUGUGCAUAAGGGACGAAACUCUCGAUGGUACGUCGAAAAGAAAUGAUUGGAAAAACGAUCAAAAACGAUCAACGAGCAAAAUAACCACGGAGAAGUCGUCUACGCCGGUAGCAACGGCUUUGCAAAAGAUUCACAGUAAGAAUUAUCCUUUAUCGACGUCCUUUUCGAGCAACGUCGGAUCGAUCGCAAAACAAACGAGUUUCGAGCAAAAGAAUAAACAUAAUCGACACACGACGCCAAUGUGCAUAGAAGAAGAAUGCUUAGCUAAUUGCAACGAAAGUAAUGGAUUCGCGAACGAUACAUGCGAACCCAAGAGGAUGAAAUUGACUCACAACGACGAAAAGAAUGCUGAAAAUAUUGAUUCGGAAAUAUUGGAAACUCCGAAAAGAUCUACUCUUCAUCCACGAGUUACGAAGAUCGAGAAGGUGCAAUACGGUAUCACGCCUUCGAUCAAACGUAAAAAUACGUUUAACUUCUCCAAUACUUUUGAUUACGAAACGAAUGCGAGCCGUGCGUCUUCUUUCGCUUUAAACGAAGCUCUGAUGAUCAAAGACUUAAACGCUUCGAGAUCGAUACAACCUUCUAUGUACGGCGACAAUUCGAGAAACUUUCAAAUAUCCGAUUGCGGAAAUGCUUCAAAUAUAGGCGAUUUCGAUGUAAAUAUGGAUUCUAUCGAUGCGGAUUGCGAUCAAAUCAAUUGCAAGAAAAAAGAGAAAGAAGCGUCGCCACAAGUGACAUCUCGUUUCAAUUUCUCCGAUCUGCUCAAACUGAAGGCCGAUAAUAAUUUUCGUCUCUUUUAAGGUACCACCACGUAUUUUCUUUCCUACUUCGUAGCUGUAUUU